GUGAAGCUGUGUGGUUUGUGACUGUGGCUUUAUUGUGGGGGGCAACAAAUCCACUGCUGAAGCUUCACAGUGUGGGUGUGGAGAACAUUAAACGUGAUGGCAAGAUUGGACAGUUGAUUGCAGAAUGUGCUUUCCUCUUUUUGAACUGGAAGUAUCUGCUGUCAUUUCUAGCCAACCAGAUGGCUUCUGUGCUGUAUUACAUCACCUUGUCAUCGGCAGAUGUGACUCUAGCAGUUCCUAUAACUAAUUCCCUGACUUUUAUCUUCACUGCUUUGUCAUCCCGUCUUUUAGGAGAGAAGCAUUUAACAUGGGAGGCUGUUGCCGGCAUGAUGCUCAUUGUGGCUGGAGUCUCUCUGUGUGUGCUGAGUAAAGUGGACGGAGACAAUACUUGA